AUGAUUAAGGUUAUUGCCUUAGUUUGUUUACUGGUUGUUGUUGUUACAUCUCAAAAUUCAAAGAAUCGACCAACACCUGUCUUCCUUGUUGGGGCCAGCGAACAGGCUAAAGAGGCUUUCUACAACAUCAUCUCCAGGGAUUGGACAUCUUCACAGAAAGAUAAGGCAAUUGAUGCUCUUGUCGCAAAAUUAGGUUCAAAAGUUCAGGCUUCAUAUGCUCAAUUCAAGAAAGAUAUUGCUGCAAUCAAAGCUAAGUAUGGAAAAUCUGUCGAGGCACAGGUUACUUGA